AUGACAGAAGCCAAUACAUCGCCUGGCACUCCGGAUGUGGCAGAGGACAGCAAUGGAGGCACCACAGUGCAUGCAGAAGACGGUUCAACAAAUGUCAGGCACUCGACUCGAUUCUGGGCCGUUGUCUGUUCCUUGUCAUUCACAGCCCUGUGUUCCUCCAUCGAGGGCACAAUUAUCACCAGCGCCCUGCCUACGAUCACGAAGGAUCUCGGCGGCGGCAAUGAUUUUCUGUGGGUCCCGAACGGCUACUUCCUGGCCACCAUCGUGAUGCUGCCGCUCAUGGCCCAAGCCAGCAAUGUGUUUGGUCGACGGUGGCUCACACUAAUGGCCGUUGCACUGUUUACCCUGGGUAGCGGAAUUUGCGGUGGCGCAUACUCGCAGGCCAUGCUCGUCGGCGGACGCGUGAUCCAAGGGCUUGGUGGCGGGGGCACGGGUCUUAUGAUUAAUGUUGUCCUCACUGACCUGGUACCGCUCCGCGAGCGAGGAAAGUACAUGGCUAUCGUGCAGGUGGUGUCUGCCGUUGGCGCGGCCUUGGGUCCUUUCCUCGGCGGCCUUCUUACGGAGCGAAGCACCUGGCGUUGGGUAUUUUACAUCAAUGUACCUAUAGGCGGGUGCUCCCUAGCUGGCCUCUUCUUCUUGCUGCGCGUGGCACAGCCGCCAGUGAAGAGCUGGAAAGAAUCACUUGCCCGCAUCGACUUUUUCGGCAACGCCAUGUUCAUGGCCUCGACUGUCUCGGUCCUCAUUGGCGUCACUUGGGGUGGCGCCGUUUACGAGUGGCGCUCAUAUCAGGUGCUUGUUCCGCUACUGCUUGGGUUCUGUGGCUAUGGGCUAUUUCUAGUCUAUGAGUGGACCGUCGCCAGGCAUCCCUCACUGCCCCGAGCCGUCAUCAUGGAACGCACGUCGGCCACUGUACUUGCCGUCACAUUCAUUACAACACUUUGCACAUACUGGGCCUUCUACUUUAUGCCCAUAUAUUUCCAGGGGGUCUUGAGGAAAUCUGCAUUUUGGUCCGGCGUGGACGCACUCCCCCUCUUCGCUGGGCGAUCAUCGGCGGUACCCCUCCUCGACCGGAAUUCGAGCACGGCCGCGUGGGCCUGUUUCCAACUCCUAUGUGCUAUUGGCUCCGGCCUGAUGAUCGCCAUCCUCCUCCCAGCAAUGCAAGCGCCGUUGGACGAGGAUCUCGUCGCCCGUUCCACUGGCGUCUGGGCUUUCGUUAGGGGGUUCUCCAGCGUCUGGGCCGUGACCAUCCCAGCGGCCAUCUUCGCCAAUGAGUGCCACCUCAAGUCCAGUACCUUGACCGAUCAGAGUCUGGCCCCAUAUCUGGAGGGUGGCAAAGCAUACCAGUAUGCUACCCAGAGCUUCCUGGACGGCAUUGAGGACCCAGGGUCCCGGGAUGAGAUAAUCAACAUAUUCAGCUCUUCGAUACGCACUGUUUGGUACGCUGGCACUGCCUUUGCCGGCCUGGGCUGGCUCUUGGUCUGGCUCGAGAAGGAGGUCGCUCUUCGGUCCAAACUGAACACCAAGUACGGAUUAGAGGAAAAGACGACGGUAACGAAGCACGUGGAGGCUGAGGAGGGUACCACAUCUGGUGCCCAGACCAAAGAAAGCGUCGACCCCAGCUGA